CUUAAAAAGGGGGGGAUAUUCUAUGCCGAAUGAAAAUCAUUGGGUAAAUAGAACUGUUCUUUUUAUCAACACGACCCAACAAAGAGCUUCAAUUUCUGUUGUCGUUAAUAUAAAAUCAAUCAAAGUCACGCAUAAGGAAAAAGAAACAAACAUUGAUUCCUGCGUUUCUUUUUUUUAAUUUUGCAGAAUGAAUGCACAAAGACCAUUAUCAGACACUUGCCAUUUUGAUCUAUCGGCUAAAAUAUUUGUACCUUCGAAAAAGCAGUUUGAUCCCUUUGAAGUGAAUGAAGCAAAUGAUGAUCCAGAUAUGGACGAGCUGAGUCAUCAUUAUUUGAAUAGCAAUUUAUUAGAUGAAGAUGAACCACCUGUGUCAACAACAACAACAACAACAGCAGCAACAACAAUACCAACAGCGACUAAAGGAGGAAAUAACUUAUUCAUGUGGCAACAAGAUGACUGGAAAGCAGCUCAAAAAGUAGAAGAUAUCUGGAAGCAGGAUAAACUAUCGUCUAGUGUGUGGGAUAGCUUUGAACCCUAUUCAAGAGGCAAUGAGCAAGAAUUUGAUCCUACACUUCAUUUCUAUCAUGGAGCACUUUAUGACGCAUCUACUAUUGAGGAUAUGAAUCUGCUCAAAGACAAUUGUCCUUCUGCUGAGGAAACACAAGUCGAAAAUGUAGGAGAAGAUAUGACUACACUUCAAAUGCUUCAGACGAUUUUUUCAGAUCUGAGUGAACAAAAACUGAUAGACACUUUAGAAAAAAAUGAUUAUGAUGUGGAUAGAACGAUUGAAGCCCUCUUGUCCAACACGACUAAUGUGAAACCUAGCAAUCAUGAUACCAAAAAGAGGCAAGUGUGUCGACACUUUCUGGCAGGCGAGUGUUAUCGAAAGGACUGUUGGUUUGUGCAUGAUCUACAGGAAAAGGUGUGCAAAUUCUGGUUACAAGGAGGUUGUUUGAAAGGCGAACUUUGUGAGUUUUCACACAAUAUUGACAUUCAAGAGGUUGUGGCGAAUAAGAUAAAUAGUAGCAAGCAAUCACAGGUAAAGAAUGAUCGUACGAACGUAUUAAAUCCAAAUGAUUAUCCUGCACUUGGCACAAGCGCCAAACCAACAUCUAUGAAAUCCCAGUCGGCUAAUGUUGUUGCAGAGGAAGAAUUUCCUUCGCUUGCUGCAGCAAACAAGAUCAAAAAGAGCGCACCACCACAAUCAGUGACGAAAGCGAUCAACUUUGCAGAAAUCGCCAAGAAAAAGGCAAAUACGCCAGCAGGGACGGUCAAAAAGAAGCAGGCAACGCCUCACCCUUAUCAAAAACUGAGUUUGCAGAAAUUAAAGCAACCCGUGCGUAUCCCAUGGCUUGAGACUGGCAGCUCACUUAAUUCGAUCUAUAUGAAAGAGAGAGAAAAAGCGAUUGAAUAUGGUACUUUACGAAACCGGUUGUUUGCUAAAGCAACAGAAUAUUACUUAAAAGGUGAUGGAGCAAGGGCAAGACUGUACUCGAUGGAGGCUAAACACUAUAAUAAGCUGAUGCAAGAAAUGCACACAGAAGCAAGUCGACGUAUCUUUGAGCAAAGAAGUAAACAUGAGGCAUUUAUUGAUUUGCAUGGUUUACAUCAAGACGAAGCUAUUGAUAUUAUCGAAGAACAACUUCAGACGAUGAGACAGAAUAACUAUACAGGUAUUGUUUAUAUCGUCACAGGCACUGGUCACCAUUCGGGAGCCAGUGGGCUAAGUAAAAAGAUGAGCAAGCUGAAACCCUAUGUGGAAGAAUACUUGAGGCAAGAAAACUAUCGCUUUGCUGAAACUAACAUGGUGGGUGAUACAAAGGGUGGGAUCUUUGCUGUGGAUCUCUCUUCAAAGAAAUAA